GUGCAAAGAAAGUCAACGUCUUUGAGUUCAAGUACUGCUUCCAAGUGUAAGAGAACUGAGUUAGAGAAAAUGGAGAAGACAAAGGAGAAGAGCAGAGUCUUGGUCAUCGGAGCAACAGGAAGAGUAGGUCACUACUUGACCCGUUUCAGCAUCCAAUCGGGUCACCCGACAUUCGCCCUCAUCAGAAACUCCACCUUCUCUGAUCCUUCCAAGUCCGCUAACCUUGAAUCUCUCUCCUCCGCCGGCGUCACUCUCCUCAAAGGUUCAUUAGACGAUGAAGCAAGCUUAGAAGAAGCAGUAACGAAAGUAGAUGUCGUGAUCUCUGCGAUUCCAUCAAAACAUGUUCUUGAUCAGACACUCCUCAUCAACGUCAUCAAACGAACUCCCUCCAUCAAGAGGUUUAUCCCUGCUGAAUACGGAGCAGAUCCGGACAAAACACAAGUCUCUGAUCUCGAUCACGGCUUCUACUCAAAGAAGUCCGAGAUAAGACGUCUUAUAGAGUCAUCAAACAUUCCUUACACGUACAUUUGCUGCGGGCUGUUCAUGAGGAUUCUACUUCCAUCUCUUGUCCAACCGGGUCUUCAAUCUCCUCCGGUGGAUAAAGUCACAGUCUUUGGAGAUGGGAACGUUAAAGCUGUUUUUGUGAAUGAGGUUGAUGCGGCAGCGUUUACUAUCAAAACGAUUGAUGAUCCUAGAACACUGAACAAGACGUUGUACCUUAGGCCGAGUGGGAAUGUAUGUUCGAUGAAUGAUCUUGUUGAGAUGUGGGAAGGGAAGAUUGAGAAGAAGCUUGUGAAGACUUUUGUUACUGAGAGUCAACUUCUUGAGAAGAUCAAAGAGACUCCGUAUCCGGAUGAUAUGGAGAUGGUUUUCAUAUACUCUGUUUUUAUUAAAGGACAUCACACCUACUUUGAGAUUGAUGAGUCUUGUGGUGGAGUGAAUGGUACUGAGCUUUACCCUGAUGUCAAGUACAUGACCGUGAGCGAGUUUCUUGAUACCCUUCUCUAGGAUUGUAACCAAAUAGGGAAGGGAUCACAUGUUGUCUCAUUUUUGCGAGAGAGAGAGAGAGAUCUCUACAUUUCUAAAGCAUCUCUGUUUUUUUUUUGAGGAAAUUAUCUCUCCUACG